UUGGGACAUGGUGCACAAGAGUUGGGGGCUUUCCGGUUGGGGGCUUUCCGGUUGGGUGGGGGAAGAAGCCUAGGAAACAGAGUGUGCCUUUGUGAGGGUGUGUGUGUGUUGCCGGUCUGUGUGCAGUGGGUGUGGGUGUUUGUCUCCCUGUAUCCGCCUUCUCUCUCCUCCUGGACUUUUAGCCUUCCACAGCUCUCCUUCCUCAUGUCCUGCCUCCUCUGUCUCAAGGCUCAAAGUGGAUGCCCUUGUGGACAAGGGGGGCACACUCCAGGACUUAGUCCAACCCCAGAUGCUGCCUGAGGCUUCCCUCCUGCUCCCCCUCCCUUUCUUUCCUCCCUUCCCUCCCUCCCUCCCUCUCGUUCCCUUCCUCCCUCCCCCCCAAGGCUGGCGUGCCAGGGGGUGGGACAUGCCAAUCACUGGCUGUGCCUCUCCCGCUGCCAGCACAGGGCGCAGCUCCCCCCCGGGAGCCAGGUGUUUGGGUCCCAGGAGACGCUGCAGGCCCCCGGAGAAGCAGUGAAGCUGAGGACCCCACAGACCCUUCUCCGGUCCCCUGGGCACCCUGAAUCCCACCUCCCCCAUCCACCUUCAGCCCCCCAAGAUGGACUGAAUGAGACUGCUGGCCAGAUGGACAAGCUGGAUGCCAAGGUGAUGCCCUUUCUCUGAGGAAAACUUGUGACUGGAGGAAGGGGCUGCCCCUUCAUCCCACCUGGCUGAAAUGAACACCUCAGCGCCCCCUGCUGUCAGCCCCAACAUCACCGUCUUGGCACCAGGAAAGGGUCCCUGGCAAGUGGCCUUCAUCGGGAUCACCACAGGCCUCCUGUCUCUGGCUACAGUGACAGGCAACCUGCUGGUCCUCAUCUCCUUCAAGGUCAACACAGAGCUCAAGACAGUCAACAACUACUUCCUGCUGAGCUUGGCCUGUGCUGACCUCAUCAUUGGCACCUUCUCCAUGAACCUCUAUACCACAUACCUGCUCAUGGGCCACUGGGCUCUGGGCACACUGGCUUGUGACCUCUGGCUGGCCCUGGACUAUGUGGCCAGCAACGCCUCGGUCAUGAAUCUUCUGCUCAUCAGCUUUGACCGUUACUUCUCAGUGACCCGACCCCUGAGCUACCGAGCCAAGCGCACUCCCCGCAGGGCAGCUCUGAUGAUUGGCCUGGCAUGGUUGGUUUCCUUCGUCCUCUGGGCCCCAGCCAUCCUCUUCUGGCAAUACCUGGUUGGGGAGCGGACAGUGCAGGCCGGGCAGUGCUACAUCCAGUUCCUCUCUCAACCCAUCAUCACUUUUGGCACAGCCAUGGCCGCCUUCUACCUCCCCGUCACAGUCAUGUGUACCCUCUACUGGCGCAUCUACCGCGAGACAGAAAACCGAGCCCGGGAGCUGGCAGCCCUACAGGGCUCUGAGACCCCAGGCAAAGGUGGUGGCAGCAGCAGCAGCUCAGAGAGGUCACAGCCAGGGGCUGAGGGCUCACCGGAGUCACCUCCGGGCCGCUGCUGUCGCUGCUGCCGGACACCCAGGCUUCUGCAGGCCUACAGCUGGAAAGAGGAAGAGGAAGAGGAUGAAGGCUCCAUGGAGUCCCUCACAUCCUCUGAGGGCGAGGAACCCGGCUCAGAAGUGGUGAUCAAGAUGCCCAUGGUAGACCCUGAGGCACAGGCACCAACCAAGCAGCCCCCCAAAACCUCCCCAAAUACAGUCAAGAGGCCCACCAAGAAAGGCCGAGACCGAGGUGGCAAGAGCCAAAAACCCCGAGGGAAGGAACAACUGGCCAAGCGAAAGACCUUCUCACUGGUCAAGGAGAAGAAGGCAGCUCGGACCCUGUGUGCCAUCCUGCUGGCCUUCAUCCUCACCUGGACACCAUAUAACAUUAUGGUGCUGGUGUCUACCUUCUGCAAGAACUGUGUUCCCGAGACCCUAUGGGAGCUGGGCUACUGGCUGUGCUACGUCAACAGCACUAUCAACCCCAUGUGCUAUGCACUCUGCAACAAAGCCUUCCGGGACACUUUCCGCCUGCUGUUGCUCUGCCGCUGGGAUAAGCGGCGCUGGCGCAAGAUCCCCAAGCGCCCUGGUUCUGUGCACCGCACCCCCUCCCGCCAAUGCUAAUGGCCUCGUCUCCUGCAUCCUUCCACCCCAGCUCCAGGGAGAGGCCGGUGGAAAGUGUCCAUAGGCUGUAUCUUCAGUCCCAGGGCCCUGCUCAGGCCUCCCCUGGCUUCCCAGGCCCCUGGGUCACCUUCCUGGACAGCCCAGAGAGACUACUAGUUUUCCAAACUUUGCUAUUCCCAGACAGGGAGUGAAACCCGGGGAACUGGUUUCUCUGUUCCCUGCUGUGUGGGAAUAGGCUAUUCACCAGGAAGAAGGUCCAGGAGGAGGAUCCGGGUUUUGGACUCUGUUUGCAUUUAGGCAGGAAGUCAGGAGCCAGCGGGGCGGGCCAGUAGUUUAACGUUGUUGUCUUCCUUGGCCCGGCAGGGGGCCCAAAUUGUCAUGGGAAAUAGCGCCCCCUGGGUGUAUAGGGCAGGAGUUGACACAAAGUUUGGGACUAUGAGCUGGAGAUCCCCUCUCUGCACAGGCAUAGUGCAUCCAGGUAGGUCCUAGGCACACUCUAGGGAUUGUCCAGCCUCCCUACAAAUAUCCCCAGGUCAUCCCUAUGUGAGUUACCUCCAAAGCAAAUGUCCAAGUGUGGGGAGGAUGAUAAUGCCAGAGGAGAUCAGCUUGGCUAGACACACCAAGUCCAGAAACUGCAGCAGGACCAGAUGUCAGGUGUCCUAACUGACCCACUAUGUCACUUUCCGGGGUGGGGGGAGAUAAGGUGCCUGCUAUCCAGUCCCACACCUCUCUCUCUCUCUCUCUCUCUCUCUCUCUCUCUCUCUCUCUCUCUCAAAGUUGCCCCAAAGUAACCUCAGUCCCUCCCUCCUGGCUCACAGCCAUCACCUGGGUGGAUCUGCUCUGGGCGGAUCUAGCCAGGCCUCCCGCAUGCUGCCUGCCUCCAGCCUUGCCCCACACAGGCCUGGCUCAGCCAGCAGGUUCUCUUCUGUAAACUCCCCAGUCCAACCCAUGCAUGGCCUCCCUGCCUCCCUAAUCUCCAGAAUGCCUGGCCCCAGAUGUUCUCUCCUUCCAUCCUCAGCAUAUGCUGAGUCUGUGAAUAAAAGCCACGUAACCAGCAGGCACUACGAGGAAUUCCUCCCUGUUUUGGCUCAAGGCCCUGGUCCCAAGGCCAGGACUGGAUGGGGCACAGAAGGCGCAAAAGCCGCACAGAGAAUGUGGGCUGCAGCAUUUAAGGUGAAUCCCAGAAGGACAGCACUGAAUGGCUAGAUCAACUAAGCCUGUGGGCCCCAGCACCCUGGGGUCCGUGGCUCAGGUGAGCGGUGCUACAGGAGGCAGACCUGGCCUCUGGAAACGAGGGGACUAGGUGAAGCACCCCGUGUAUCCCGCACAUAGCUGCUCUAGGACCUUCUCAUACCUAGAGAGAACACAAGUCCUCCAAACUCCUAUUUGUAGAUGGGGAAACAGGCCCAGAGACCCAGGAGGAUUGCUUAGGAUUAUCUCACAAAGCAACACCCAGCUUUCCAGGUAGUCCACAGCCUCCUGACCCCUAGACUGUGGAGAUGACACCUAGGACACCCUCAACCAGAGCAGCGUCAGGGUAACCCUCAGGCCGCAACGUAAACACUGUGUUAGUAAGGGUGGCUCCCAAAGUCUGAGGAAAAUGGACCUAAAGAGAUUAACUCCACAUCCCUGAGCAGUGGUUAUCAGAAUGUAGCUGCGGCUGAAAGUCCCAAGAACAACCUUAAUGUCCGAGGUUUACUGGGAGAACAUACAAAACUCUACCAAGUCACUAGAAUCACUGUCGUAUCAAAAGAAUGUCAGAAGAAAAUGGCAACAGAAGAAUGUGCACAGAGCAGAGUCCCAGGGUAACCAGGCACAAGAUGCCAAUUCUCUUUCCAGGGAGUCACAGAACACUUUCUCUCCUACAGUGAUGUAUGAUAGCCUGCAUAACACACUGCCAGUCAGGAAAGGCCCACCAGAACCUUGGUGUCUGGGGUAUUUACUAGAGGCUGGGCAUAGGGGCAUGGCUGACUGUCCACGUGGCUGACCUCAGUUAGUGUCCAGCCGCUCUAGAGGUUAAUGGUGGACUGUGGUUCAAGACCUCCAGCACAGAUCACAUAGAUUAUCUGGUGCAGUCCAGCGAACACGGAUGAGCAAUCAUUUUCUUCCAGGUUGGAUAGUCCAGUGGUUUGUCAUGAUUCCCAAGAGCCAGACAAGGCCUGCUGAGCUAUCAGUGACCCAAACCUGGAGCACCGCUGUCACCUGGGAACUUAUAUAGGUAAAUUCCUGGGGUCACCACAGAUUUACUAAAUGGAAUUCUGAACAUGAAAACCAGCUAUCUGUAACUAGCAGCCUCAAGGUGAUUCUGGUACAGGCUAAAGUUUGAGGGGGAAAAACUCUCCUAGAAGGCUGAGGUCCUAGGUGGGACUUGAAAAAAGCUCUGCAGAGGACAGAGUGGGGAUUCACCCCACAGUUAGCUGCCUUGAUUCCCAGAAACUACUGAACCUUGAGAGCUAAUUUGGUGAUUCUAGAUGGGAAGAGAUUCUCUAAUAUAUCCUGGACCCACAAAGGGUCCUCCUCUAUCUGGCAAGGUCAUCCUCUUCAACUGAGCCGACGGCUUCGGACAGGAUGAACAUAGAGAGCUAAGAGAGGAAGAAGCCAUCUCCUAGUCAGCCGCUAGUAACCAGUGGGGUGGGGCUGGAGAAGUGGCUCAGUAGUUAAGAACCCGGGUUCAAUUCCCAGCACCCACAUGGCAGCUCACAACUGUCUGAAAAUCCAGUUCUGGGGGAUCUGACACCUUCACACCAAUGCACAUAAAAUAAAGAUAAAUAAAUCAGCCGGGCGGUGGUGGCGCACGCCUUUAAUCCCAGCACUCAGGAGGCUGAGGCAGGCGGAUCUCUGUGAGUUCGAGACCAGCCUGGUCUACAAGAGCUAGUUCCAGGACAGGCUCCAAAGCCACAGAGAAACCCUGUCUCGAAAAACCCAAAAAAAAAAAAUAAAUCAUAAAAAAUAAAAAAAGUAACCAGUGGGGUGACAGAUGCCUCCGUCAAUCACACUCAGUCACCCAUAACCUGUGGAAUGGAAUCUUCCAACACCAUGGGCAUGGACAGCCCCCUACAGAGGCAGAUAAGGAGAAGG